AGCGUUAGUAAUCGGCGGUUCUUCGAGGCGGUUCGACGGUUGAAACAUUAGAAUCAUGGCGCAAGGAAAGGGGAAAAUUAAGAAGGCCACAGCGACGAAAAAACACCAGAAAAAGGCUCUUGGUCCGAAGAAGGGAGCAAGAACUAUUGCUCCCAAGAAGAAGACGACUGUCAAAGCGGAGAAAGUAAAGAAGGCUCUUGAGGUAACCAUCAAAGCAAAUAUUGAGCAAGAGCUCACCCAAGUGGCAGUCAGCAAGCAGUCCAAGCCAUUGAAGAUGGUGAAACCUGCAGCAGGAAAAAAACCAGCCAAGAAGAAGGGUGGAGGAAAAAAACAGAAAUAAACUCACGGUUUAAAGAUUUGCUGGCUGUACAUACAUACUAUCUAUACUACUGGAAUGCAUUAUAAAGUAUUGCUCUCUUUUUCGUGCCUUAUUUUAUAUCAAUAAGUCGAAUUUUGCAUCAGACUACACCUUUAUAUAGGAUAGCUUACUGUAUUAAUCUUACUGUAAUUAGCCAAAUCAGACAUUGUAGAGGUGAAUCUCCUUAUGUUGUGUUCAGAUGUUUUCAUUUUUUUAGUUAAUUAAACAUAUUAUAGUAAUCGUA